CUUGGUGGUGUACAUGGAAAGUCUGGCCUUAGCACACACAGACGCGAAAUCCUUAGGUACAAUUCAACAGUGUUGUGAUGCCAUUGAUCACCUAAGUCGCAUCAUUGAAAAGAAGCACAUUUCUUUAAACAAAGCAGAAAAACGACGUUUGCCACGAGGAUUUCCACCUUCCGCAUCAUUGUGUCUAUUGGAUCUGGUCCAGUGGCUUUUAGCCCAGUGUGGGAGGCCUCAGACAGAAUGUCGACACAAAUCCAUAGAACUCUUUUAUAAAUUUGUUCCUUUGUUGCCAGGCAACACAUCCCCUUCUUUAUGGUUGAAGGAUAUUAUCAAGAAAGAAGAUAUCUCUUUCCUCAUAAGCACCUUUGAAGGUGGCGGUGGCCAUGACCGGGCCUCAGGCAUCCUUGCUCAGCCAACCCUUUUCCACCUGCAGGGGUUGUUCAGCCUGCGAGCUGUGCUUUGCUGGCUGGACCUGCUCCUGGCUGCUCUGGAAUGCUACAACACGUUCCUUGGGGAGAAGACCGUGGAGGCCCUGGAGGUCCUGGGUACUGAAGCACAGUCUUCACUUUUGAAGUCAGUAGCUUUCUUUUUAGAAAACAUUGCCAUGCAAGAUAUUACAGCAGUAGAAAAGUGCUUUGGCAUUGGGGCAGCAGGUAGCAGACCCAGCCCUCAAGAGGGAGAAAAGUACAACUACAGCAAAUGCACAGUUGUGGUCCGGAUUAUGGAAUUUACCACAACUCUGCUCAACACCUUUCCAGAAGGAUGGAAGCUCCUGGAGAAGGAUUUGUGUAACACAAACCUGAUGGAACUCUUGGUGAAAACACUGUGUGAACCUGUAGGUGUAGGUUUCAAUGUUGGUGACGUCCAGGUUAUGAAUCAUCUUCCCAGUGUUUGUGUGAACCUGAUGAAAGCACUGAAGAAGUCCCCGUACAAAGACAUCCUGGUGGCCCACCUGAGGGAGAAAAUAACAGUGCAGAGUGUUGAGGAACUUUAUGCUAUUGACUUGUACAGUCCUGAUGCACACUUAGAGAGGACCAAGCUGGCUGCUGUCAUGUCUGCCUGUAAACAACUUCACAGAACUGGGCUUCUCCAUGUCAUUUUACCAUCUCAGUCUGCAGAUCCGCAUCAUUCUUUUGGCACCGAACUUCUCUCCCUGGUUUAUAAAGGCAUUGUCCCUGGAGAUGCGAGACAGCGUCUGCCUUCACUAGACCCCAGUUGUAAGCAGCUGGCCAGUGGACUUCUGGAGUUGGCCUUUGCAUUUGGAGGACAGUGUGAGCACCUUGUGAGUCUUCUCCUGAACCCAGCAAUGCUGUCCAUGGCGUCCUUAGCCAGCUCACAGAGAAACAUCAUCAACUUCUCCCAUGGAGAGUAUUUCUAUAGCUUGUUCUCAGAAACGAUCAAUACUGAAUUGCUAAGAAAUCUAGAGCUUGCUGUAUUGGAGCUUAUGAAAUCAUCAGUGGAUAAUCCCAAAAUGGUGAGUGCCAUUUUGAAUGGUAUGUUAGAUCAGAGCUUCAGGGAGCGAGCGAAUCAGAAACAACAAGGACUGAAGCUUGCAACUACAAUUCUGCAAAACUGGAGGAAGUGCGAUUCGUGGUGGGCCAAAGAUUCUGCUCCUGAGAGUAAAAUGGCAGUGUUGGCCUUAUUGGGGAAAAUUUUACAGAUUGAUUCAUCUGUGUCUUUUAAUACAAAUCAUAGCUCCUUCUCUGAAGUCUUUACCACUUAUACUAGUUUACUUGAUGAUACAAAGUUGGAUCUACCUUUAAAGGGUCAAGCUGUCACUCUUCUUCCGUUCUUCAGCAACCUCACUCAAGGAAAUCUGGAGGGCCUCAAGCAUGUUCUUGAAAAGCUCAUCAUUUCUAACUUCCCUAUGAAGUCUAAUGAAUUUCCCCCAGGAACUCUGCGGUACAAUAAUUAUGUGGACUGCAUGAAAAAGUUUCUAGAUGCAUUGGAAUUAUCUCAAAGUCCUGUAUUGUUGCAAUUGAUGACAGAAAUUCUUUGUCGGGAGCAAAACCAUGUUAUGGAAGAAUUAUUUCAAUCCACUUUCAAGAGGAUUGCUAGAAGAGGAUCAUGGGUUGCACAGCUGGGCCUUCUGGAAAGUGUAUAUGGAAUGUUUAGGAAGGACGACCCACUCUCAAGUGUCACUCGCCAAGCCAUUGUAGAUCGCUGUCUCCUCACCCUGCUGUGUCACUGUAGCCUGGAUGCUUUGAGAGAAUUCUUUAGCAGAAUCGUGGUAGCUGCCAUGGAUGUGUUGAAGUCCAGGUUUACAAAGCUAAGUGAAUCUACCUUUGAUACUCAAAUCACCAAGAAGAUGAGCUAUUAUAAGAUGCUGGAUGUGAUGUAUUCUCGUCUUCCCAAAGACGAUGUACACUCUAAGGAAUCUAAAAUUAAUCAGCUUUUCCAUGGCUCGUGUGUUACAGAAGGAAAUGAACUCACAAAGACUCUGAUUAAACUGUGCCAUGAUGCAUUUACCGAGAACAUGGCAGGGGAGAGUCAGCUGUUGGAGAGGAGAAGACUUUACCAUUGUGCAGCAUACAACUGUGCCAUGGCUGUCAUCUGCUGUGUUUUCAACGAGUUAAAAUUUUAUCAAGGUUUUCUAUUUAGUGAAAAACCAGAAAAGAACUUGCUUAUUUUUGAAAAUCUGAUAAAUCUGAAGCGCUGCUAUACAUUUCCUGUAGAAGUUGAGGUUCCUAUGGAAAUAAAGAAAAAAUACAUUGAAAUUAGGAAAGAAGCCAGAGAAGCUGCAAAUGGGGAUCCAGAUGGUCCUCAUUAUAUGUCUUCCUUGUCACAUUUGGCAGAGAGUAGCCUGAGUGAGGAAAUGAGUCAAUUUGAUUUCUCUACUGGAGUUCAGAGCUAUUCGUACAACUCCCAAGACCCUAAAUCUACCACUGGUCGUUUUCGGAGAUGGGAACGCCGGGACCCUGUGGUUCCUGAUGAUAUGCUGGAGCUGGAGCUGGAUGAGCUCAAUCAGCACGAGUGCAUGGCCCCCCUGACAGCCCUGAUAAAGCACCUGCACAGAAAUCUGAGCCCCCCUGAUGGAGAAGAGGGUUCGUUGCCAAGAGAUCUUCCUCCUUGGAUGAAAUUUCUCCAUAACAAACUGGGAAAUCCAUUGGUACCAUUAAAUAUCCGUCUCUUCUUAGCCAAGCUUGUUAUUAAUACAGAAGAAGCCUUCCGCCCCUAUGCGAAGCAUUGGCUUAGCCCCUUGCUGCAGCUGGCUGCUUCUGAAGACAAUGGAGGAGUAGGAAUUCACCACAUGGUGGUUGAGAUAGUGGCUACUGUUCUUUCAUGGACAAGCGUGGCUACUCCUAUGGGAGUCCCUAAAGAUGAAGUGUUAGCAAAUCGAUUGCUUCAUUUCCUGAUGAAACAUGUCUUUCAUCCGAAAAGAGCUGUAUUUAGACACAACCUUGAAAUUAUAAAAACUUUUGUUGAAUGCUGGAAGGAUUGUUUAUCCAUCCCUUACAGGUUGAUAUUUGAAAAGUUUUCCAGUAAAGAUCCCAAUUCUAAAGACAAUUCGGUAGGGAUUCAAUUGUUAGGCAUCAUUGUGGCCAAUGACUUGCCUCCCUAUGAUCCGCAGUGUGGCAUUGAGAGCAGUGAAUACUUUCAAGCUUUAGUCAAUAAUAUGUCCUUUGUAAAAUAUAAAGAGGUGUAUGCAGCAGCGGCAGAAGUUCUAGGACUUGUUCUUCAACAUAUCAUGGAGAGAAAAAAUAUGCUAGCGGAGUCGGUGUGUGAGCUGGCUGUUAAACAACUGAAGCACCAUCAGAAUGCUAUGGCGGACAAAUUUAUUGUGUGCUUGAACAAAGUGGCCAAGAGCUUCCCUCCUCUUGCUGACAGGUUCAUGAAUGCCGUAUUCUUCCUGCUACCGAAAUUUCAUGGAGUGAUGAAGACACUUUGUUUGGAGGUAGUGCUGUGUUGUGCAGAGGGGAUGACAGACCUUUACUUCCAGUUGAAGAGCAAGGACUUUGUUCAAGUAAUGAGGCAUAGAGAUGAUGAAAGACAAAAAGUGUGUUUGAAUAUCAUUUAUAAGAUGAUGGCAAAAUUGAAGCCAGCAGAACUCCGAGAACUUCUGAGCCCUGUUGCAGAAUUUGUUUCCCAUCCUUCUCCAGCAUGUAGGGAACAAAUGUAUAAUAUUCUCAUGUGGAUUCAUGACAAUUACAGAGAUCCAGAAAGUCAAACAGAUGGUGACUCCCAAGAAGUAUUUAAGUUGGCAAAAGAUGUGCUGAUUCAAGGAUUGAUCGAUGAGAACCCUGGGCUUCAAUUAAUUAUUUACAAUUUCUGGAGCCAUGAAACUAGAUUACCCUCAAAUACCUUGGACCGAUUGCUGGCACUAAAUUCUUUAUAUUCUCCUAAAAUAGAAAUGCAUUUCUUAAGUUUAGCAACAAAUUUUCUGCUUGAAAUGACCAGCAUGAGCCCAGAUUACUCAAACCCCAUGUUUGAGCAUCCUCUGUCAGAAUGUGAAUUUCAGGAAUAUACCAUUGAUCCAGACUGGCGUUUCCGAAGUACUGUUCUCACUCCGAUGUUUGUUGAGACCCAGGCCUCCCAGAGCACUUUGCACACCCGCACCCAGGAAGGAUCCCUUUCAGCUCAUGGGCCGACUGCCCGGCAAAUACGGGCCACCCAGCAGCAGCAAGUUUUCACACCUACACAGACUGCAGAUGGAAGAAGUUCGUUUAAUUGGCUGACUGGGAGCAGCAUUGACCCAUUAGUGGAUUACACAGUCUCUUCAUCCUCUGACUCCUUGUCGUCUUCUUUGCUGUUUGCCCACAAGAAGAGUGAAAAGUUACAGAGAGCGCCCUUGAAGUCAGUGGGGUCUGCUUUUGGGGAAAAAAGGCUAGGUCUUCCAGGGGACGAGGUGGAUAAUAAAGUGAAAGGCACAGAUAGUCGGGCGGAAAUACUAAGAUUGCGCCGACGAUUUCUCAAGGACCGAGAAAGACUCAGUCUGAUUUAUGCCAGAAGAGGUGUUGCUGAACAAAAACGAGAGAAGGAGAUCAAGAGUGAGUUAAAAAUGAAGCAGGAUGCCCAGGUCACUCUGUACAGAAGCUACCGUCAUGGUGACCUUCCCGACAUUCAGAUCAAGCACAGCAGCCUCAUCACUCCCUUGCAGGCCGUGGCCCAGAGGGACCCAAUAAUUGCAAAACAGCUCUUUAGCAGUUUGUUUUCUGGAAUUUUGAAAGAGAUGGAUAAAUUUAAGACAAUGUCUGAAAAAGACAUGAUCACUCAAAAGUUGCUGCAAGACUUCAGUCAUUUUCUUAAUGCCACUUUCCUCUUCUUCCCACCUUUUGUGUCUUGUAUCCAGGACGUCAGCUGCCAGCACGCAGCCUUGCUGAGCCUCGACGCCCCCACGGUGGGCACCAGCUGCCUCGCCAGCCUGCAGCAGCCCGUGGGGGUCCGCCUGCUGGAGGAGGCCCUGCUCCGCCUGGCGCCCGCCGCGCCCCCUGCCAAGCGCGUCCGAGCGAAGCCCUGCCUCCCUCCCGACGUCGUCCGAUGGGUGGAGCUGGCCAAGCUGUACAGAUCAAUUGGAGAAUAUGAUGUCCUCCGUGGUAUUUUUAGCAGUGAGAUAGGAACAAAGCAAAUCACUCAGAAUGCGUUAUUAGCAGAAGCCAGAAGUGAUUAUUCUGAAGCUGCCAAGCAGUAUAAUGAGGCUCUCAAUAAACAAGAGUGGGUGGAUGGUGCGCCCACAAAAGCAGAAAAGGAUUUUUGGGAACUUGCAUCCCUUGACUGCUACAACCACCUCGCUGAAUGGAAAUCACUCGCUUAUUGUUCUACAGCUGCUGUAGACAGGGAGGACCCACCAGACCUGAAUAAAAUGUGGAGUAAACCGUUUUAUCAGGAGACAUACCUGCCAUACGUGAUCCGCAGCAAACUGAAGUUGCUGCUCCAAGGAGAGGCUGACCAGUCCCUGCUGACGUUUGUUGAUGAGGCCAUGCACGAGGAGCUCCAGAAGGCUCUCCUGGAGCUUCAUUACAACCAGGAGCUGAGUCUGCUGUACCUCUUGCAGGAUGAUGUUGACAGAGCCAAAUACUACAUUGACAGUGGCAUUCAGAUGUUUAUGCAGAAUUAUUCUAGUAUUGAUGUCCUUUUGCAUAGAAGUAGACUUACCAAAUUGCAGUCUCUACAAGCUUUAACAGAAAUUCAGGAGUUCAUCAGCUUUAUAAGCAAACAAGGCAAUUUGUCAUCUCAGGUUCCCUUGAAAAGACUUCUAAAAACCUGGACAAACAGAUAUCCAGAUGCUAAAAUGGACCCAAUGAACAUCUGGGAUGACAUCAUCACAAAUCGAUGCUUCUUUCUCAGCAAAAUAGAGGAGAAGCUUGCUCCUCUUCCAGAUGACCACACCAUGAAUGUAGAUGAAGACAGUGAUCCCAGUGACAGGAGGGAAGUGCACGAGGCAGAGGAAGAUGUUACAUCCCUGAUCAAGAGCUGCAAGUUCUCCAUGAAAAUGAAGAUGGUAGAAAGUGCACGGAAGCAGAACAAUUUCUCACUUGCCAUGAAACUGCUGAAGGAGCUGCACAAAGAGUCGAAAACGAGAGAAGACUGGCUGGUGAGAUGGGUACAGAGCUACUGUCGCCUGAGCCACUGUCGCAGCCAGGCCCAGGGCUGCUCCAAGCAGAUUCUCACUGUGCUGAAGACGGUCUCUCUUUUGGAUGAGAACAUCCCAUCAAGCUACUUAAGCAAAAACAUUUUGGCUUUCUGUGAUCAGAACAUUCUCCUGGGUACAACUUAUAGGAUCAUGGCUCACGCUCUCAGCAGUGAGCCAGCCUGCCUUGCUGAAGUGGAAGACAGCAAGGCAAGAAGAAUCUUGGAGCUUUCUGGAUCCAGUUCAGAGGAUACAGAGAAGGUGAUCACAGGUCUGUACCAGAAGGCAUUCCUUCACCUCACCAAGGCCGCGCAGGCGACUGAGGAGGAGACCCAGCCUUCCUCCUGGGACCACGGGCCUGCAGUCAGGGUGAUUGAUGCGUACAUGACGCUGGCAGAUUUCUGUGACCAGCAGCUGCGCAAGGAGGAAGAGAAUGCAUCAGUUGCUGAUUCUGUAGAAAUGCAGGCAUAUCCAGCACUUGUGGUGGAGAAAAUGUUGAAAGCUUUAAAACUGAAUUCCAACAAAGCCAGGCUGAAGUUUCCUAGAUUACUUCAGAUUAUAGAACGGUAUCCAGAGGAGACUUUGUGCAUCAUGACAAAAGAGAUGUCUUCCAUUCCCUGCUGGCAGUUCAUUGGCUGGAUCAGCCACAUGGUGGCCUUACUGGACAAGGACGAAGCUGUGGCUGUUCAGCACACUGUGGAAGACAUUGCUGAUAACUACCCCCAGGCAAUUGUGUAUCCUUUUAUAAUAAGCAGUGAAAGUUAUUCCUUUAAAGAUACUUCUGCCGGUCAUAAGAAUAAGGAGUUUGUGGCAAGGAUUAAAACCAAGUUGGACCAAGGAGGAGUGAUUCAAGAUUUUAUCAAUGCCCUAGACCAGCUCUCUAAUCCCGAAUUACUCUUUAAGGACUGGACCAAUGAUAUAAACGCUGAACUAGCACGAACCCCUGUAAACAAAAAAGCCAUUGAGAAAAUGUAUGAAAGAAUGUGGGCAGCCCUGGGUGACCCACAGGCUCCAGGCCUGGGGGCCUUCAGAAGGACGUUUAUUCAGGCCUUUGGAAAAGAAUUUGAUAAGCACUUUGGGGAAAGAGGUACUAAGCUGCCCAGCAUGAAGCUCAGCGACUUCAACAACAUUACCAGUUCUCUGCUUUCUAAAAUGAACAAAUAUGCAAAGCCACCUGGGAAUCUGAAAGAAUGCUCGCCCUGGCUGAGCAACUUCAGAGUGGAGUUCCUGAGAGAUGAGCUGGAGAUUCCUGGUCAGUACGAUGGCAGGGGCAAGCCAUUGCCCGAGUACCAUGCACGGAUCGCUGGGUUUGAUGAGCGGGUGAAAGUAUUGGUGUCGAUCAGAAAACCGAAGUGCAUCGUGAUCCGCGGCCAUGAUGAGAAGGAGUACCCUUUCCUAGUGAAAGGCGGAGAGGACCUUCGGCAGGACCAGCGCAUCGAGCAGCUCUUCGAGGUCAUGAAUGUCAUCCUGUCCCGCGAUGCUGCUUGCAGUCAGAGAGACUUGCGGUUACGCACGUACCGUGUCGUGCCCAUGACCUCCAGGUUAGGGUUAAUUGAAUGGAUUGAAAACACGACCACCUUGAAGGACCUUCUUUUGAGUACCAUGUCACAAGAGGAGAGAGUGGCUUAUAACAGUGAUUCCAAAGCACCGCGGAGGGAAUAUCAAGAAUGGCUGGCAAAAAUGUCAGGAGUAUAUAAUGCUGGAGCUUACGCGGUAAUGUAUGAGAAGGCUAGUCGGACUGAAACAGUCACAUCUUUGAGGAAGAUGGAAAGCAGAGUGCCGGCCGACCUCCUAAAGCAGGCCUUUGUGAGGAUGAGCACUGGCCCCGAGGCCUUCCUGGCACUCCGCUCCCACUUUGCCAGCUCUCACGCCCUGAUAUGCGUCAGCCACUGGAUCCUCGGGAUCGGAGACAGACACCUCAACAAUUUUUUGGUGACCACGGAGACAGGAGGCAUGAUCGGGAUCGAUUUUGGCCAUGCGUUUGGAUCGGCCACUCAGCUUCUGCCUAUUCCUGAGCUGAUGCCUUUCCGCCUGACUCGCCAGUUUCUCAAUCUGAUGUUGCCGCUGAAAGAAGCGGGCCUCAUCUACAGUGUCAUGGUGCAUGCCCUGAGAGCCUUUCGCGCAGAGCCAGACCUACUCACCAGUACCAUGGAUGUGUUUGUCAAGGAGCCCUCCUUCGACUGGAAAAAUUUUGAACAAACAAUGCUGAAAAAGGGAGGAUCAUGGAUUCAAGAAAUAAAUGUAACUGAAAAAAACUGGUAUCCUCGACAGAAACUAUGUUAUGCCAAGAGAAAGUUAGCAGGUGCUAAUCCAGCAGCUAUUACCUGUGAUGAAUUACUUCUGGGCCAUGAGAAGUCAUCUGCCUUCAGGAAUUAUGUGGCUGUAGCGCGAGGAAGCAAAGACCACAACAUCCGUGCCCGAGAGCCAGAGAGUGGACUUUCAGAAGAGACGCAAGUGAAGUGCUUGAUUGACCAGGCAACAGACCCCAACAUCCUUGGCAGGACUUGGGCAGGGUGGGAGCCCUGGAUGUGAGGCCUGUGGGAGUCCGCAGUUACAAGGAAUCAGACUGUGUAAAGAAUCUCCUAACCUCUCAUGACAGUAGUCUGUGAGCUGAUUUUACUGAAGCACCGAAGAGAAGAAAUCUGUUUAGUGUUAUAGUUUACAUCAAGGUCAUGAUGCAUAAAUGAGUGGGUUGAAUCAAAGAUUAGGUUAGAGUAAUAGAAAAAUAUAUACCCAGGCUCAGUCAAGUAUUAAAUCAAGAAUGUAGCAUAACCUGGGAGCAGUAGCUUACGCCUAUGAUCCCAGCACUUUGGGAGGCUGAGGUGAGAGGACUGCCUGAGCUCAGGGGUUCG